GUAGAUUGGAGGGGGCACACACACGCGCGAGAGGUAAAGAAUCGAACUUUGGUUUCAGAACGCAGGUGAAAAUCUAACCGUUUAUUUCCCCCCUGUGCAUUGUCCAAUGGGAUGUUUUGAAAAGACGAGGUGUGUUUAAGAAUAUAGCUUACAUACAAAUAUCAGCGCGUUAACCAUUUCAUGCUUUAGGAUCUUACAAGACUUCUGAGUCAAUUUGUGAACUACACAAAACUUGAGACCUUCCGGUCACUCACUGACCAGGGUUGAAAGGUUGUAUCGGUGCGAUGUCCAACACCAUUUGACGGGCAAGCGUCAUCUCUCUUCAGUUGAGCGGAGUGUGGUGGGCAGAAGGAUUCACCUUUUGAGUCCUUGACAGAUAGAACAUAUCAAGGUAAGUGAAUACCUGCAAAACGUUUUCUUUUCCUUUUCUGUUUCUUUAUAUGUAAUACAAAUCUUUUUUUUCAAAAUAAUUUAGUAUCUUGUUACUGAAAUUACUAUUUAUAAAUUAUUGGUAAAAUGUAUUAAAGGCCUAUUUAUAAUAUUUUUCUAACCUUUUAUUAAGAGACUAAAAAAACAGAUUGAGCUCAACAACAGCCGUAGUCGAAAAUAGUUUCUUCGCAUUUCAAGUUCAAUGAACCAGAAAAUUAUUUUUUUAAAAACAUAUAAUUUUUUUUCAUAUCGUUUGCGAACAUGAUUCGAUGAAAUGGAACAACUAAAUCUAUUCAGUACAUAUUAUAAGUGUGCUUUUUUUUCGCUUCUCUAUCUUAAAGCCUAAAACAGCUUCAAGAUGGCGAUCAUUCGGCCAUCCACGGCUGUCAUUGCAACGCUGUAUACACACUUUAUCAUAUUCGUGGUGGUAGCCAUCUUUAACUUCAGCAUCGUGGACAACACUCUACCCAUCAACUUUGGCCUGGGCAUAUCGCUCUUGGUGCUUUCGUUGGUGUCUCUCUUGCUGGGUAAGAUCUUCACUGGUCACUUCAUUAUUUAUGCCAUUCCAAAAACAUCUUCAAGGAUAACUUCGAAAGACUUGAAAUCCGCUUGAAUAAGUUCCAUGAAAGUGUUUUGAUUUAUGCAACCGUAAACAUCUAUACAACUUCGGGAGAAAAAUCUACAACAGAAAACUAUGUAACUAUGUAUAAACUUAAGUUUACCUUAGUUGUUACAACUACUGUAACAGCGUCUCAAUUUAAAAUGUACCAGUCUCUAAACUUGGCCUACUGUCCAAAAAUAUUUCAAAAUAUACUCAAUGUUAUAAAACAUAAGUGAUACUGCAUAGAAUGUUGUAUAGAGCUAUAGAACUGAUUUUAAAGCUCUUGAUAUACUCUUAUAGGGUUAUAGCUAGAGAGCUGAUGUUAUAUUUCUAAAGUUACUCUCAUGGAGUUAGAGUUAUAGAGCUGAUGUUGUAGUUAUAGAUUAUUGAGCUACUCUUGUAAAGUUAAAACUAUAGAGCUGAUGUUAUAUUUAUAAAUUGACUCUCAUAGAGUUAUAGUUAUAGAGCUGAUGUUGUAAUUACAGAUUCUAGAGUUACUCUUAUAAAGUUAAAGCUAUAGAGCUGAUGUUAUAUUUUUAAAGUUUCUCUCAUAGAGUUAUAGAGCUGAUGUUGUAGUUAUAUAUUCUAGAGUUGCUCUUAUAAAGUUAAAGCUAUAGAGCUGAUGUCAUUUUUUAUAAAAUUACUCUUAACUUAUACAGUUGUAGUCAUAGAGUUGAUGCUAAAGUUAUAGAUUCUAGAGAUACUGUAAUAGCGUCAAAGUUAUAGCCAAAGAGCUGAUGUUAUUGUCACUCUCUAUUCCAGGCGUGACGGCCCAAGAUCCAGAAUCCAGUCUCCUGAGGUCACUCCUUAUGACCAUCAGUGCUCUCUGGACGUCUAUAGGUCUCUACCACGUGGUACAGUUCUACACACCGAAUGGCGUCACAGACUCCGAGGCGCUCUGGGCGGGCUACGGCACGUUCCUUCUCGCGUUCCUUUUCUUCGUAUUCGGCGCCCUGCACCACAAGGACCGAUUCAGUGCUAUACUCGCCCUUGGGAUGCUACUCUCUUGCACUUUUGAAAUAGCCGCCUUGUGGCGACCCAUCCGCAGGAGCGCCGCUGCCUACUAUCUUUUGCUGGCCGCCAUUACGUUCUACAUGACCGUCUCUAAGCUCUGGCAUCGCCUGAGGGAGGGGGAGGCCAUCUCAAGGGUCUCCAAAGGGGAAGAGGCCAAGCCGUCUAAAGAUUACAUCCCCAUGGCCCACGUGAUGAACACACUGGCCGCCGGCGUGUACGCGGGCUCGGUGACCGGUAUAUUUGGUCACGUGUCCAUGGAGUUUUCAUGGGUCGUAGUGGCCGGUGUUUAUCAGCUGGUGGCAGCCGUGGUGGCUGUUCGGAGGAACGAGAUCUACCACGGUCUGUAUUUUAUCUUUCACGCCACCUUCUGGAUCACAAACGGCUUCAAUCUGGCCGUGGUGUUCGUCACAGGUCAGAAUGUCCCACUCACGCUCGUGGCUGCUACAGUUAUCCACUUUAUUAUAUUUGCGAUAAUCGCACUAAUCUCACUGACAAGAGAAAUCUACCAGCUACCCCAGAAUCUCGCGCUCUGCGUUCUAUGCGUAGCCAUUCUGGUCGACGAUAACAAUUUUGGCGCGUUUUUAGGCGCCAUGGGUUGGAUCCUGUUCGUCUUUUCCCUCUACGGGCUCGCGGCUCACAUUUCUCGGGUUAAGAACUCCGGGUUUAAGCUCCCGCUCGGGACACGUUUGAUUGACCCUGAAAAACUGGCCAACUUUUUCUUGUCCCACUGCAAGUGCUGCAUGUCGCACGUCAAGACGAUCGGCUCGUCGUCCAACGGAGCCAGGUCUCUGUUCUCCGCGGACUUCAGCCUCGGCUACUCCAGAUACGGCGGGUUUGACGUCGCGGGCUUCGCCCUCAAUGCGAUUGCCGCCGUGGCUGUGCUCUGGUCACCGACCGGUCUGUGGGUCCUGCCGUGGGCUGUUAUACUGGGGGGCAUCGCUCAGAUGAUCGUGGGGUCUGUCUGUUUCUCCAAGGGAUUGUCUUUCGAAAGCUGCGCUUUCUUCACCUUCGGCUCUCUGUGGCUGAUUUGGGGGCCUGCUCGGGGCCUGGGCACCCUAGCCCUGGACCAUUCGGCCGCGGUCAUCACGGGUUGCGUCGGAUUCCUGGCCGUGGGUCUGCUCUUACUCGGACUCUCGACUAUAAUCAACAAGGCUUGGACGGCCUUGACCUUCAUGUUUAAUCUUGUGGUCGUCGGGAUGCUGCUCCACGGCGUCAACGCGAACGGGUCUUUCAUCUACGAGAUUGUCAUCACCGUCAUCUUCGUCGUCAUCUGCAUGUACUGUUUCAUCGCCACGGCCCUGAGGUCCGUGUGGGGGAAAGAGCUGCUCCCCCUGGGCAAACCCUUCCUACAGGUCAGCUACCUACACUCACAAGGCGAGCAGGCCUUCUGGGCAGAUGGGAGGCGUGCGAGCGGUGUCAAGGCCAUUGCUGGUAGGUCAAUUCAAGAGUUCAUUUAUUAACAAAGCUGUUUUGGACUUGAGUUAAAUAGUUUAUAUCUAUGGAAAUAACAAUGUUAUGACGACUUAGUCAUUGCUCCAUAUUAUUUGUUACUUUGGUAUCUUGAUGACUUUUCGGCACACGUCUUACAAUAUCGUUUCAAUCCUACUGAUCUUAUACAUUUCAGAAAUCAUGAACAAGGGAGGAAUCUGUGGUAUCCCUACAGACACCGUCUACACUCUGGUGGCGGCCUGCAAGUUUCCAGAUGCGGUUGAGGUAGGGUGACAUGGUUAUCAGUUUACAUGAUAACAACAUAGUUUGUGGAGGAUCAAUGAGAAGAACUGAAGAGCUAGUUUCAAAUUGUAUGCCACGAACUUUGCGUUUAAAUAAAUCUAGUUGAUCUUGACGUGUACGUAAAGCGCAUUGUAAAUAUUUAUUCUUUAUCAGACUAACGAGAAUGAUUCAGAAACAUUACUUUUAUAUUAACAGUUAUGUUCGAAAUGAGCAUGUCAGAACACUAGUCGAUUUAACAUUCUAUCUGUUUAGUUUUAUAGAUCAUAACGAUAAAGAAAAACAACAAAAAAAUUAUGAGAGGGAAUUAUUUUACUUAUCAGUGAUAAAAUGUCUCGCUUAUUCUGACAGCUUUAUUAUCAGUGAUCCAAUGUCUCGUUUUUUCUGAUAUCCUUAUAAUCAAUGAUCCAAUGUCUGGUUUAUUCUGAUCGCUUGAUUAUCAUUGAUCCAAUGUCUGGUCUAUUCUGACAGCUUUAUUGUCGGUGAUUCAAUGUCUCGUUUAUUCUGAUAGCUUUAUUAUCACUGAUCCAAUGUCUGGUUUAUUCUGACAGCUUUAUUAUCACUGAUCCAAUGUCUGGUUUAUCCUGACAGCUUUACUAUCACUGAUCCAAUGUCUGGUUUAUCCUGACAGCUUUACUAUCACUGAUUCAAGUCUGGUUUAUUCUGACAGAUUUAUGAUCAGUGAUCCAGUGUCUGGUUUAUUCUGACAGCUUUAUCGUCAGUGUUCCAAUGUCUGGUUUACUCUGACAGCUUUAUUAUCAGUGAUCCAAUGUCUGGUUUAUUUUGAAAGCUCUAUCAUCAGUGAUCCAAUGUCUGGUCUCUUCUGACAGCGUGCCUACAACACCAAGCUGCUGGCAGAGGACCGGCCCAUGUCCAUGUGGAUUUCUAAAGUCGAGCAGUUGGAGGAAGGCAGGGCGCUAUUCGGAGAACUGGUCUGGGGCUUGAUGAACGAGAUCUGGCCAUCAACCGUCAGCCUGGUCGUCCCUAAAGGUCAGUCCAGGCUUUGAUCUACUUUUCAUCCUAUUUAGAACCUGAUAAAUCCAAUAAAUAAUCAAUAUCAAUAGUCAAUUAUUAAAAAAAUUAAAAUUGAUAAUCGCUUGUUGAAAAAUAAAUAUGCCAUUACCAAUGGAUUAAAUUACAUAAACUAAGAUUAUUAGUAAUAUUAGAUUUUUUGUACUGGAAUUCUAAUUAAGAAGAAAAAAAACAUGAACGUUUGUACCGGUACAUUAAGUAUCCGAGGUGAGGUGUUCUGACAUAAACACAUCCUUGUGAAAUAGUCCAAUAAACACAUUCCUAUGAGAUAUUCCAAUAAACACAUCCCUGUGAGAUAGUCCAAUAAACACAUUCCUGUGAGAUAGUCCAAUAAACACAUCCCUGUGAGAUAGUCCAAUAAACACAUUCCUGUGAGAUAGUCCAAUAAACACAUCCCUGUGAGAUAGUCCAAUAAACACAUUCCUGUAGCUUAGUCCAAUAAAAACAUUCCUGUGGCAUAGUCCGAUAAACACAUCCCUGUGAGAUAGUCCAAUAAACACAUUCGUUUGAGAUAUUCCAAUAAACACAUCCCUGUGAGAUAGUCCAAUAAACACAUCACGUGAAAUAGUCCAAUAAACACAUCACUGUGAAAUAGUCCAACAAAGCCAUUCUUAUGGCAUAGUCCAAUAAACACAUUCCUGUGGCAUUGUCCAAUAAUCACAUCCCUGUGAGAAACGUUCAAUAAACACAAUCCUGUGAGCUAGUCCAAUAAACACAUUGCUGUGAGAUAGUCCAAUAAACACAUUCCUGUGGCCUUGUCCAAUAAUCACAUCGCUGUGAGAUAGUCCAAUAAACACAUCCCUGUGAGAUAGUCCAAUAAACACAUUCCUGUGGCUUAGUCCAAUAAAAACAUUCCUGUCAGAUAGUCCAAUAAACACAUUCCUGUGGCCUUGUCCAAUAAUCACAUCGCUGUGAGAUAGUCCAAUAAAGCUUAACGCUAAUGUAUCAAUGAGAUGAAAUGAAUGUGUUUCCGUUACCUGAAGGUGAUUGGCUCAAUGGGCUUGGAAUAGGAGCAUCUGAGAAGUACAUUGGUCGUCCGGACAGCAUCGCUUGCCGUAUGCCGGACAACACAGUGACGUCACAUCUGAUCGACCAGACGGGACCAGUGGCCGUGUCGUCUGCAAACCCAACGGGGGAGGCCGAUACGACCCAUCACCUCCAGGUCCUCGCUAAGCUUGGCUUGGAAAAUGUGAGCACUGCUUAUGACGCUAAUGACACCCUCAUUUGAACUCUCUAAUGACUCUCCCACCUUAAAACGAUUUUUCUAAUGACUCCCUCACUAACAGAAUUUUUUUUAAUGACUUCCUCACCAACAGAACAUUUUUAUGACUCUUCCACAAAACUUAUUUUCAAAUAAUUCCCUUUUCAAACGAACUUUCCAGUAUUGCCAUAGAAUUGUUGAAAUUAUGUGGGUCAUUCAGAUGCAAAGGUAAAAAAAAAGGAAGAGUUAGGACAAGAAAAUUUAAUUUCAUAUAUAAGUGGAUUUCAAUUUUUUUUGCUUUUUUUGUUUUUUUUUCUGUUGUCGUCUUUAAAAUUAAAAAUACACCACUAUCCAAAAACAUUCUACAGUAAGGAUUUAUUCAUCUGAUGUAAACAGGUUUCAUUUUGUAAAAAUUGAUUCCAAUAAGUUGUAUGGUCGAACUCCGUAAUCUUCAAACACAUAAAUGGAAGGUCAGCAUGACAUAUGACCUCUUCUACCCCCCCACCCCCCCAACCCUAAUUACCUUGUACUUUAAAUUUGUUGUGUUGAUCUAUGACCUAUUUGUACCCACUGACGUGCUUCUAUGAUUCGCCCAGGUUGACGGGAUCCUCUGUUCGGGCCCGUCCCCAGAAAACAUGGCGUCCACCGUUGUUGACUGCCGCGCCUUGAGCCGUGAGGGGAAGCUGGCCUUCUUUCGAAUCGGCGUGGUCCCAAGGUCACAGGUGGAGGCCAUGUUCGCCAAGGUCAAGAUGAUGCACGAUGGGAGCAUACCUCCUACGAUUGCUGCCAGGACAUCUGUAGGAAAUGGCUGCCAUCUGAACACAGCUUUCGUGGUGAGUGUUCUAUAAUAAAGAGUAGGGACUUAAAGAACAUUUCUAUGUUAGAAGAAAUGGUGAAUAUUUUUCUCUCCAUAUUUUCAUACGUCCUAGUUUCAAAUUUAAAUAAUUUAAACACAAUUUACGAUUUCCACAUUCCCAGGAUGAUAAGAACGAGCCGGUGGAGACCCCGCCCAUUUAUGACGACACGGUGGUCAACCGCGAGGAGUACGUUGGCCCCGCUCUUCCCUCCAACUCCAACAGCAACAACACAUCUUUCGACGUCAGUUUCGCCGAGUCCACCGUGGAGGAUGACGCCCAGCUGAUCAACCUCAGCAGCAGCGUCUCCUCGCUGCCCUAUCAGAACCGCACCGUCUCAGCCCGCAUGAACAAGGUGUACGAGAGCAUGAACCCCUCGCACAAGCGCAGCAGCAGAAGGUCAACCGCAACGUCGCAGUCUCAAGUCCAAGACGCCACAGCCGGCCGUGGUCUGGACUCCGAAGGGGAGACAGUUUCGGAUCGAAGCUCGUCCAACGGAAGUGACGCGUACGAACCCAUGCGAAUCUUGGGGCCACGGUCUGUGAACAAGACCACGAGUGGGAGACAGAGCAGUUUGGUGUCGGUGGACACGACCCCAGCUUUUAGCGUGAACCCUUUGUUUGAUGAGGCCACCAUCACCAAGCUGUAAAUAACCUUGGGUAGACCAAGCUGUCAAUGACCUGCUGUAGACCAAACUGUCAAUGACCUGGGGUAGACCAAGCUGUCAAUGACCUGCUGUAGACCAAGCCGCCAAUGACCUGCUGUAGACCAAGCUGUCAAUGACCUGCGGUAGACCAAGCUGUCAAUGACCUGCUGUAGACCAAGCUGUCAAUGACCUGCUGUAGACCAAGCUGUCUUUUCAAUAUAAUCCAAGUUUUUUACGCUUUAAUUAUUGUCUCUUGCAUUUUUUUUUUCAUUUUUAUAAAACAUGUAUUUGUCUAUGGUGCUUCUGUGAAUUGACUUAAGAAAUUCUCUGACAUAAUCUUUAACAUCAAUCAUAUAAUGUUUUUGUACAUAAAUAUUAAGUUCUUAGGGAACAAAAAAUAGAUUCUUAUCUGUAGAAAAAGUAUAUGAUUAAACGUCUAAUGUCUUAGAUGUAACAACACAUAUGUUGAUAUGGAAAACUUAAAUAAAGUUCAGGAUGAAGUAACAUAAUUACACUUUCCAAAUAAGAUAUUCCUAUUUGUUUUGUGUGCAGAGGAGUAUUGGUUUCAGGAAUGUAAUAUAGUUUACAUUUUUCUAGACACACAUUGGCCAAUUAUUUACGCUCGCUUCAGUUUUGCUUGCAAUAUGUUAACUGCAUUUCCCUAGCCGUUUUUAUAUAUAAUAAUAAUUACUGUAAUUACUUUAAAAUGAUGAUUUUAUGGUGCAUUGAAGGUCUUGUUGGCAUUAAUCGCUACACCAAAAAAUGUCUUAAAGUGGUAACUAACUGAAAAAAUAAUUAUGUUAAGUCUAGUCCAAGCUUUUAUUAUAAUAACAUAUGCGAUGUGAGUUUGCUAGCAGCUGGUCCAAUGUGUCUGAUGACUUGAUGGAGAGAGCGUGUGAGAUGGAGAGAAAGAGAGUGAUAGAAGGAAAGAGAGAUAGAGAGAGAGAGAGAGAGAGAGAGAGAGAGAGAGAGAGAGAGAGAGAGAGAGAGAAGUGGAGAAAGGAAAGAGUAUAUAAUGAGAGAGAGAAAAAUGAGAAAAAAAGAAUGUAUUAUAGAUGAAGAGAAAAUGGGAACGAGAU